AUGCAAAAUUCAAGCUUUGAAUCGUCGGAUUCAAAGAGCAAAUAUUCAGAGCUCCAACUCAACGAACUGAAGAAAAAGGGCGCUUUGGACAGAACAGCAGCUGCUUUAUCACCAAAGACGCCUCCUGCUGUUACAGCUGCUCUGUUAUCAGAUUCAUUGUUUCCUCCCAGGAAGCCCAAAGCGAUGAUUGAAGAUAGCGAUGAGGAAGACAGUGAUGCUGAGGACGAUAAAAAGGGCAAAAAGGAGGAUCCUUUAGCUACACAAGUGUGGAGAUUAUAUACAAAGGCAAAAGACACAUUGCCCAACGGUUCGAGACUGGAAAACCUGACUUGGAGAAUGAUGGCAAUGACGCUGAACAAGAAGAAAAAAGCUGAAGCCGAAGCUGCUGAAGCCGCUGAGAAAGAGAAGAUGAAAUACGGGCAGCAAGAUGAUGAAAUGGAAGAAAAUACCAUGUCGCCUCCUCCUCCAGAUGAUACAACAACGUUGCUUAGUUCCUCUGCUCCUCCGUAUAUGCUGGAUUUCAUGGGCAAUGCAAUGGCAAACCACCACAACACUGUAUCGCACCACCAGCAACAGCAGCAUCAGCAUCAUCAUCAACAACAACAGCAGCAACAGCAGCAACAGCAGCAGUUGCAAUAUCAACAGCAGCAAUACCACCAUCAAGUGCAGCAGCUCCAUGAGCAAAAGCGAAAUGUGAUGGUGUAUGGUUCUGCCAGAGCAUCGACGCCUGCUAACCUCCAUAUGACCAGCUUGAAUAGUAAUAGUAGCAGCCUUAAUAUUACCAACAGCAACAUGAAUCGACAUAAUAGCACCAGUAGCAAUACAAGCACUGGCAACAGUACCAAUCAAAACAUGUUUUCCAAUGUAUACGGUACCAACAGUAUCACCAUUCCUGCAGAUAUGGACAUGUCAGAGGAUUAUCGUGAUUCGACAAUUUCACCACUGUCGACAGCUUCAUCAUUUCAACCAUCCACAUCUGUGGAGUCUACUCAUUUCAAUUAUUUCAGUCAAUCUGUACCGAGCUAUCACAACAGUAACCAUGGCAGCAGUAUGCAAAAUCACUUUCUCAAUCAGCAACAGCAGCAGCAACAACAAAGUCCAACCACCUCUGGUCUGUUUCCUCAAUUAGGGUCGACACUACCUGAAUCUCAACAAGCUGCCUUCUUCGGAUCCACACCCAAUGAAAACACGCCAUCUCCUGCUGCUUAUUCUCCAGCACAGAGCAACAAUGCCGGCGCAAUGAGUUUUGAAGAUCUUUUGACUAUGUAUUAUGUAAACGGAAACACUGCUGCCGCCGCCGCUGCAGCAGCAGCUGUGGCGGUUGCUGGCACAUCGCCCUCCAAUGUACCUACAUCUACAUCAACGACUUCUAAUAAUGGAAAUAUGUUAAUCAGCAAGAAUUCCAACGAAGCUCCGGCCAUCUCUCAUUUGUCAACUAGUUUUCCACUACCCCAGUCCCAAGAUGUACUAUUGACACCCAGUGGCCAUUCACCUGGUGCUGCUUCAUCACUAGGUACAUCGUAUGGCAACAGUACUAAUUCACUGUCUCGAUUACACGAACAAACAUCAUCUUCAUCGAUUGGCGGAUCCCCAAACAAUCUCGAAACCCUGAGCUCUAGUCCGAAACAGCAAGUUAAUCAAGAUAAGACAUUGCAAGAGGAAACUCCUCUUCAUAACAAGAAAGAUAACAACGCAACAAGCAGUAACACCAAUACCACUGGUGGCAGUAGUAGCAGUAGUAGCGGUAGCAGCAGCAAUUCCAACACAAAAUGUACCAAUUGUAGUACCACCACCACACCAUUAUGGCGUCGCAAUCCCGAGGGCCAGCCCUUAUGUAAUGCAUGUGGUCUAUUCUUAAAGUUGCAUGGCGUUGUUCGACCUUUAAGUCUCAAAACAGAUGUGAUAAAGAAGAGAAAUCGUAGCGGCAACUCAAACACGACAGUGGCAACACAGAAAUCGAAUACAAACACAACUAGUAACAGUAUGGGAAUGAAUAUCAACGGAGGAAAGAAACCCAAUCCAUUUUUGCAACAGAGCCCCAUGCCUACGAUGGGGUCUAAUCUUAACACAGCGCAAGGUAUGAUGUACAAGCGAUCUUCUGGAUCGGGAAAUAUGGUCAAUAUAGCACCUACAAUCCAGCAAAGUGGAGGCGGAUCGAAUGGUAGACCCAUCACAUUUGCAACUUCUCGUUGGGGCCCUCAAACGAUUACAAAACGUCAGCGAAGACAUUCCAUUGAUGAUAAAGCACAGCAAUCACAGCAACAGCAACAGCAACAGCAACAGCAGCAACAGCAACAGCAGCAGCAGCAACAGCAACAGCAGACACAAUUGCAACAACAACAGCAACAACAAGGCGUGUUUCGUAUAGGGUCAUUAGGAUCAACCCAACAUAGUUUCCCUCCUCCUCCCUCUUCCUCUUCAUAG